AUGCUGGAAGAUUGGCCGGGGAAGAUUGGAUUGGGCUGGAGAGGAGAAGGUGAAACCUGGAGUCAAGGUGUGGCGGACAACGAAGGGAUGAAUGGAACGACUGCGGUACGUCGUGUUGUUGGGGCCAGUGGAGGCGGAGGUGGACAGGAACCACCACCCGUUGCUACACUCGUCGUAUACAAGGACGACGCGGGCUACGGGAUGAAGGUGUCUGGUGAUAAUCCUGUUUAUGUACAAUCCGUCAAAGAAGGUGGUGCUGCCGAAAGAGCUGGACUAAAACAGGGAGAUAAAAUCAUAAAAGUGAAUGGCGUCAAUGUUAUGCAGUCGACGCAUACAGAAGUUGUGGUUUUGACAGUGCAGCAAAAACCACUGGGUACAACAUUGGCCGCGUUGCAGCAGCAAGUGGGAACAACUGUGGGCAAUCAGCAACAGCAGCAUCAACAACAACAAAGGCCGACGAGUUUGUCGGCAGCAUCAACAAUGGUAUCACCUUCACAAUCCGCUACUUCUUUGCAUCGGGCAUCAACAGCACCAGCCGGUGGUGCUCCUUGCACUGCACGUAUAACUGGACCCCAACCUGUCGACGUAAGUCACAGUAAUUUGGGCUGUAGUAGUAAUCAUACUCAUAAUAAUAUUAAUAACAAUAAAGUACGACAUGCUCUUAUUUACACCCUCGCUUCUGCUGCUAAUCAUGUUAUUGAUUAUUCUGCUUUAUCUGUUAUUCCUAAGCUUAUUUUUCCGUUUUUACUGGUUAGAGCACCGUCAUUUACUGAUUUCAUCUCCACUGCAUUUAAUAAAAAACACGAGAAAAAACGUCAGUUGGAGACACAACGUGUUCAUACAUUUCAGCUGAUGUUAGAAAAGGAGCAGAGUUAUGUUGAUAAAUUACGAAGUGAACUUGCUAAAAUGGGUAUUGGAUCCGGGAACGUAUCGAGCGUCGCAACAUUACAGACUGAGUUGGCUGGAGCUGAAAGACGAGUUCGCACUCUCCAGGAUCAACUGACAGCAAUAACAACCAAUGAUCAGCUUUGCUCAUUGGUAACAAACGCCUCGUCUCCCUCUGGUCAUUAUUCCAGUUCUGGUAGCAGUAGCGGUGGUGGUAGUGGUGUUGUUGUUGUUGGUGACACACCACCACCCCUGCCCUCACGUAAAUCCUUGUCCAUGCAGAGUUUGUCCCCACCUCCGUUGCCUCCACGACCACCUCCACCCACCUCAAACACGCACAACGUACAGUUGGAGCUGGAGAGACAACUGCUGACUCAUUUAACGCCCCCAACCACCAGUCAUGGUAUACCUAACUCUUUUUCGCAAGACGCGCAUUUGGGGUCACCGAAUUCACUUAACAAACAUCAACGUACUAAAUCCUCACCGGAGCAAUUGAGUACGACUAUGAUCUCACCGUCUGAGGCCAGUAGACUGCUGAUAGCAUCGGAAUCAAUGAACGAUCUAUCACCAUCCAGACACCAUCUCGGGCACGGACGUUUAAGCGGGAUUGAUUUAGAUGAUCCUAUCCAUAUCACACCCCCGGGUACACCACCGCCGCCUUAUCCACAACCGAGUCCUGGGGUUGAUGUUUUGUCGGCAACUCUCAAUGAGUUUUGUCCGUUAUUGCUUCAGAGUGCAGAUAGUUUUCUGACAGUAACCCCAAACCGUCAGUCUUUGAAUGAAAGUAGUCCUGGAUUACCCCAAAUUCAACAACCUAUAAUGUCGAUGGAAGACGAUGAUAUGAGUGAUCAAGAAGUGGGUCAACUUGAAGAUCAUGGGCCAUUUAAAUCUUUAUCUAGAUUAUGGGAACACCAUGCGCAUCUUUCUGUUUUUAUAAAUUACGUUCUAUCAAAUAGUGAUCCUUCAAGUUUGUUAUUCUACUUAGUAACAGACUUGUAUAAGGAAGGUAAUGCUAAGGAAAUGAGAAAAUGGGCAUACGAAAUUCAUUCUAGCUUUUUAGUACCUGGUGCUCCUCUACGGCUUAAUAACGUAGACGAGAAUGUAGCACGCGAAAUAGAUGACGUUCUUUUACGAGAAUCUGAUAAGGAAGAAAUACUGCGUAAGAUAUUUUGGAAGGCUCGAACAAGAGCGAAGGAAGAAUUGAAUGAGCAGUUAGCAGACUUCCAACAAAAAAGGACAGCAGGUCUUGGGAUGCUAUUUGGGCCAAGUGACUCUCAGCUUGACGAAAGCGAGUCUGAUAAAUCUAAAGAAACUAAAAUUAUAGAGACUUAUCUCCUGCCCAAGAUGGACCCAGAAGACAUUGAAAAAGAUCAAUUGGAUCUACGUCAAUUUACGACUGCAGCUGGCUUAGCAACGAUAUUAACUAAAAUAUUUCAAGUACGAUCGGUAUCGCUUGAUCGUGUGCCUACUUUUGUAGCUAAGGACAAAUCAAACAUUAAAGCCCGUUUACUUACUGGUAAAACUAGGAAAAUGGCAGUAAGAGGUCAUCAUUUUGGAGCACAUCAAUAUUUUACUGUUACGUAUUGUAAUCAUUGUCAACUUAUUAUCGGUGGAAUCGGUCCGCAAGGAUACCAAUGCAAUGAUUGCUCCCUAAGUGUUCACCGUCAAUGUGUUCGUGUAGUCGAGGAAAGUUGUCCAGGACCAUUGCCACGUAAGGAGCGUGGUAAUGAUCGUAUCAGCAAACUUAUGGACCGUAUAAGACCAGAAAGAAAACCGCCAUCGUCUCAUCAUCACCACCACUCACCAAAUCAAAUGCAUCUAAUCGAACGUUCAAAACGUCUUGAGGAGGAAAAUUUAUUGGGAGACUGCGAAAAUGGAAUAACGAAGAAAACAACAAAACCGAAGAAUUUACUCAGUAAUUCAAGCAAAAAAAAAACAAUAGCUGUUAAAGUUUGGGAAACUUUUGGAGCUGUUAAACGUAUCCGUGGGAGCUGUGGUGAUGUGAUUAAUACGACAGAUGAAUUAAUUGUUCACGUGGAUCAUAUUCCCACAAGUGUACGGCGUCUUUCGAUCGAUGACAAUUACGGAGAAACAACUGACACAUUUGACAUCAAUAAUUCGCUUUAUGAUCAACUGGAAAGUUACAAUUUUAAUAAUAACUGGAAAGGAGAGCAUCGCGGGGGCGGCGCAAGCGGAAACACCCGUGGUAGUGUUGAAAGAGGACGUAUUUCCGGUUACGGUGAUCAUCUCGAUAGUAUGGACGAUCCUUCUUCACGAGAAGAUAUCUCUGAAAUGGUGCAGCAAAAUAUUUCCAGUAAACCAAAGACGUCAAAUAUAAAUCGGUCUGAAAGUUACAAGGAGCGUAUACAUCAUAAGCGACAACUUCGUGAAAAGCGAAAGACCAGCGAUCCAAAUCUGUCGAAAACAAAACAACGAAGUUCUCGACGAGGACGUCCUCGACCUAAUUCCCGUGCUGAUGAUACUAUUCCCGAUAUUAUAACGCGUGAAGACGUAGCUUCGUCACAUGAAAGGCCAGAUGGUCUUGAAAAAAGUUUGAGCGCCGAUCAAAAUUGUAUUAACAUUAAUUCUAAUAGAGAUAGCGCGACUCUUGGGCUCAUUGAGCGCCGAACUCGCUCUGAGAGUGACUGUGAGGCGACAGUUGCAUUCCCCGGUAAUUCCGCUGGCAGUUCAUCAAAUAGUAGCCUAUCAACACGAAGUCUAGAUAGCCCGAGUACUAGUUUAGAACAAGUUCACCCAGCAAAUGCUGGUCAUCAUACAUCUAACUCGUGGGAUAGUGACGUUGAUGUCGAACCAGAUCCACCGGAUUGGAGCCAUGGAGUUACUGAAGAGGUUCUCAGUAAUCUCAGUAACUCUGAAAAGAAAAGACAAGAAGUUAUUAAUGAAUUAUUCCACACGGAAAGGUCACACGUACGCGCUUUGAAAGUACUUUCAUACGUCUUCCACAAGCCAUUACUUGAGUCCCAAGUUCUUCCAUUGGACCAAGUGCAAUUAUUGUUCUCAAACCUAGACGAAAUGGUGACUAUCCACUCGCGUUUUAAUCAAGCAAUGAAACGUAAGAAAAAAGAAAAUCCAUGUGUGGGUGAUGUUGGUGAGUUAAUACUGGAAAUGUUUGAUGGUGAAAAUGGGGAGGCAUUUGAACGUGCUGCCUCGACAUACUGUGCUAAACAACAAGUCGCAUUGGACGCAUUGCGUGACAGACGUCGUAAAGACCCAAAGCUUAAUUCGUUUUUAAAUGAGAUUGAGGCGAAUCCUCUGUGUAGACGACUGCAGCUUAAAGAUCACAUUCUGACAGGUAUGCUCAGAUUGACAAAAUAUCCAUUGCUAUUUGAGAACUUGGCUAAGUACACACCCAAUAGCUGUGAAAAAGAGAAAGCAGCGGUAUUGCGUGCUGUUGAGCGCAGUAAAGAGAUACUCAGUCUAGUAAAUCAAGCUGUGCGUGAAGCUGAAGAUUGUCAACGGUUAACCGAGAUACUGCGAAUGAUUGACAGAUCUGCUUUCGACAAAUUCGACCACCCAGCAGUCCAAGAGUUUAAAAAUCUAGAUAUUACUAAGCGUAAUUUAAUAUUCGAGGGUCCCUUACAGUGGCGCAUCGUUAGUCGCCCGAAGCCUGUUGAUUUACACGUUGUGUUACUCGACGACACGAUACUCCUACUUCACCGGCAAGACGACAAGUAUAUAUUGAAAUUUACCAGCACCAAUCCAGCUAACUCUGUGCUGAGUCCUAUUUUCAAGAUGUCUACAGUACUUGUCAGAAACAAUGCUGUCGACAAAAAUUCACUCUUUUUAGUCAACACGUCACAAAAGGGAGCACAAAUUUACGAUUUAGUCGCGUCGUCGCCUGCUGAACGUAAGAUGUGGUGUAAGCACAUAUCAGAAGCCGCUGAGGCCUAUAAAACACGUAACCUUGAGGGUAGAAGACCAUCACCGCCUACUGUCUUGAACGAAGAGCCAUCUCCGCCGCCAGAAGUCCCGCUUAACAUGGACGCGAAUGCACCUGAUAAAAAAGAGUCUGAUAAAGCUGCAACACAAGAGUCUGCAACAAAAGAUAACGAUGUUCAGAAAGAACAGAGUCCAAUAAGUACUGAGACAACGACAACAAACACACAGCCUGAAGAACCUCCCGAGACUCCGGCGACUGAGGAGUCUUCGAAAUCAAAGCUCGAAGAACCUUCGCAAUCAGAUCAGAAUCAAGAUCAACAACCACCGCCUCAACAACAGCAGCCACCAUCGUCAGGUCCAUCUUCAGGAAUCGGAGAAUCGAUGAGACUGGUUACUUGCACACAGUGUUCACUUAUUGAUCCUGUUGAAGUACACGCAGAAGUACGGCCAGUACAUGUCGCUGAGCCAGUUCUCACGCCGAUCGAAUCGCUGAGACGGAAAGACGAAGUAAUAAAACAAGCACUCGAGGAGAAACAGUCACUGGUCGCGGAUAUUUUGAACAUCCCGAAGGAAGAUUUUGAGCAUGUCGCUGAUAUCGCGUCUGAGCCCUCAGCUGUCGAGAAAGAACCGGCUGAAUUGAUACUCGCAGCUAUCAGCCAAGCUAACCAGUUGGUCGGUAUACUUAACUCGGCGUUGGCUGUUACGGAAACAGAAGCUGUUUUGGCUACACGGGGCACUAACGCUACUGCUAGUACUGGUUGUGACGCUGCGGGAUGCCCCGUUCCACGGUCACAUCCACAUCCACACCAGCCUGUGAUUCCUGUUAAAAUCGUGAAAGAACGAGAUGAAGAGCGGGAUAGAUUGCGUAAAGAGUUACGACGAAGCAGAGAACGGCUUCAUGCAAUCGAUGCUGAUGCACAACGUAAAGAUAGAGAGCAGUAUCAGUUUUCUACAAGUACCACUCAAACACCGACAGAUCUGGGGGAUCACAUUUCCGCAGAUGCCACUGAAGAUAUUAAUAAAGAAGAAUUCGUCGAUGCAUGUGGUGAUCCAGACGUCGAAUUAGAAACGAAUGAUAACAAGAAAAAUACAACAGCAACAGAAAUGAUGGGCGAUAGUGUUGGUUGA